CACAGGCCGAGCCAGAGCCAUCAACGACAGGGCUGGGGAGAGAAGCCCGAGGGCGGCUGUUUUCAGGAACUGGCCCAGAGGGGAGAGCGGAGGCCGGGGAGGCCAGGCAGGGGCCCCACAGGCUCCAGCCUCCAGCAUGGGGAAACCGAGGUUCAGAACGAUGAAGUAACUCAUCCAAGGUCACGAAGCUGGUGAACACCAAACAGGCACGAUGGCAGGGCUAGGAUCCUGGAGUCUGAGCGUAGCUGCCCUGAUUGCCCUGCUGCUCCCCGGAAGCCGGGAGGAGUGCGGACGCAUCAGCCUCCCAACCCCCACCGUCCACCUGGGGGAUCCCCUCACAGCCUCCUGCAUCGUCAGCCCCAACUGCAGCCACCUGGGCCCCGAGGCACAGAUUGUCUGGAAACUGGGAAGAGAGUCUCAACCCGGAAAAAGGCGACAGCGGCUGGAAGACGGAAGCCAGGAAUUCACGGUCACGGUGCCCCACCUCAGCAGCCCGCGGGUCCUGCUCUCCUGCUACCUGCGCUGGGACCACAGCCUGCAGAUGCUGGACCAGGCCGAGGUGCAGGCAGGCUACCCUCCUGCCGCACCCCACAACCUGUCCUGCCUCAUGAACCUCACAACCAACAGCCUCAUCUGUCAGUGGGAGCCGGGACCCAACAACCACCUGCCCACCAACUUCACCCUAAAGAGCUUCAAGAGCCGUGGCAACUGCCAGACCCAGGAGGACUCUAUCCUCGACUGCGUGCCUAGCGACGGCCAGAACCACUGCUCCAUCCCACGUAGACACCUGCAGUUGUACCAGAACAUGGGCAUCUGGGUGCAGGCGGAGAACGCGCUAGGGACCACAAAGUCCCCACAGCUGUGCCUCGUUCCCAUGGAUGUUGUGAAGCUGGAGCCCCCCACGCUGUGGGCCCUGCCCCCCAGUCCUGAGGUGGCCCCACCCCAGCCUGGCUGCCUGCUGCUGCGCUGGGAGCCAUGGAAGCCAAGCCUGUACAUAGAGCAGAAGUGCGAGCUGCGCCACCAGCCACGGCUGGGCGAAGCCAGCUGGGCCCUGGUGGGGCCCCUGCUCUCCCAGACCCUCCAGUACGAGCUCUGCGGGCUCCUCCCAUCCACGGCCUACGCCCUGCAGAUGCGCUGCACCCGCUGGCCCCUGCCUGGCCAGUGGAGCGACUGGAGCCCUAGCCUGACGCUGACCACCGCGCAACGGGCCCCCAUCGUCAGACUGGACACGUGGUGGCGGCAGAGGCAGCUGGACCCCAGGACGGCAGACAUGCAGCUCUUCUGGAAGCCAAUGCCCUUGGACAGAUACAGCGGGCAGAUCCAGGGAUACCUGGUCAGACUAGCAGGCCCGGCAGGGGCAGGCCCACUCCUCUGCAACACCACGGAGCUGAGCUGCACCUUCUGCUUGCCCUCAGAAGCCCGGGAGGUGGUCCUUGUGGCCUAUAACACAGCCGGGACCUCCCAUCCCACCCCAGUGGUCUUCCUGGAGAGCAGAGGUCCACCCCUGGCCAGACUCCACACCAUGGCUCAAGAUCCCCACAGGCUCUGGGUGGGCUGGGAGCCCCCCAGCCCUCGACCUCAGGGCUAUGUGAUUGAGUGGGGUCUGGGUCCCCCCAGCCCCAGCGGCAGCAAUAAGACCUGGAAGAUGGAGCAUAACGGAAGCAUUUCUGGGACCCUACUGCAAGAGAACAUCAGGCCCUUUCAGCUCUACGAGAUCACUGUGACCCCCCUAUACCAGGACAGCGUGGGGCCCUCCCGACACAUCUAUGCCUACUCCCAAGAGAUGGCCCCCUCCCGCGCCCCAGAGCUGCAUCUAAAGCACAUUGGCAAGACCUGGGCCCGGCUGGAGUGGGUGCCCCUGCCCCCUGAGCUGGGGAAGAGCCCCCUUACCCACUACACCAUCUUCUGGACGUCCUCUGCUCGGGGCCAGUCCUUCUCCACUGUGCUCAAUGCCUCCUCCCACGGCUUGGUCCUCCACGGCUUGGAGCCCGCCAGCUUGUACCACGUCCUCCUCAGGGCUACCAGUAAGGCCGGCGCCGCCAACAGCACAAGCCUUACCCUGAUGACCUUGGCCCUAGAGGAGUCUGAGCUGCAUGUCCUCCUGGGCCUCUUUGGCUUCCUGCUCUUGUUCAUCUGUCUCUGCGGGGCUGCCCGGCUCUGCUGCAGACCCAGCAGAAAGAAUCCUCUCUGGCCAAGUGUCCCAGACCCAGCCCACAGCAGCCUGGGCUCCUGGGUGCCGAGCAUCAUGGUGGAGGAGACCUUCCAGCUGCCCAGCCUUCGGGACACCGGCAUGCCACCCAUCACCAAGAUCACAGUGCUGGAGGAAGAGGAGAAGAAGCCAGGGCCCUGGGAGUCCAAUGACAGCUCAGGGACCUGUGGCCUCCCCACCCUGGUCCAGGCCUACGUGCUCCAGGGGGACCCAAGAGCAUGUUCCACCCAGCCCCAGCCCCAGUCUGGCACCUGUGACCAGGUCCUCUACGGGAAGGUGUUGGGCAGCCCCACCAGCCCAGGUCCAGGGCACUACCUCCGUUGUGACUCUACUCAGCCCCUCUUAGGGGGCCUUACUCCCAGUCCCAAGUUUUAUGAGAACCUCUGGUUCCAGACCAGCCCCCUGGGCACCCCAGAGCCCCUCGUCCCAAACCAGGAGGAUGACUGUGUCUUUGGGCCACUGCUUGACUUCCCCCUCCUGCAAGGGCUCCAGGUCCAUGGGGUGGAGGGGCUGGGGGGCAUCUAGCAUCCCCCACUUGGGCCUGUCUCUUGAGAGGUCUGGGCCAUCCAGAGGAGAGGAGAGUAUUAGUAAGCCCAUCAUGCAAAAAACCACCUAGUCCCAGAAGGGCAGUAAGGCUACAGGGUCUCCUCCCCAUCUCUGGCCCCCAGCAUCCUUCGUCUCUCUCUCCAGUCCCCACAGGCUGGGCCCUUAAUUUAGUGGCCACGGAAUGCUUCGUCCAACCCUGCCCACUAGCCUCUUGUGCUUAUUUCCUGUAAUCUCAGUCUCUUAAACUGGUUCAUGGUUUGGUUUGGUUUGAUUUUGAGAAACUCUUGAGUACGCCUGCACCUCUGUCCUUUUCCUUUUUAGGGCCCUAGCAGUGAUGGGGGUACUUAUCAGAAGUGUUCGUUUGCAUAUUUCUUCCUUUGCUCAUUAAUCCCCCCAGCCCUCACCUAGCAUGUAGGCCCUGUGCUGGCAGUGGGGAUUCAAAAAUGACUUGACUCAGUCUGCCCUCAAAGGGUUCGCAUUCUAGUGGUAGAGACUCGAAGACUGCCCAUUAGGGCAGAGUGGCCAGGACUGAGGCGGGGAUCACAAAGUGCUGUGGGACAGGAGAAGAGACCUCAGAAAAGACUAAUCCUUGCUGUGUUGGAGAAAUACAAAUAAAACCAUCUACUGGGGCGCCUGGCUGGCUCUGUGUGUGGAGCAUGCAAAUCUUGAUCUUGGGGUUGUGAGUCUGAGCCCCACAC